GUUUACCUACACUGGCAAAAGCCCCCUCUUCUGCUGUUUAAUUACUGAUUUACUUGCGCAAAAGUGUAUUUGAGGUGUGGACAUUCCAUGGGUUUUUGCACAAAACCCUUGCAGUAUACGUGUAGCUGAUAAGUUAAACUUAGCUAGUAACCUAAUGAAGCAGUAAUGCCUGCACUUCUCUUCAUGCCAGAUAUUUAAAUGCGUUUAAUAUCUCAAGUUGAGCAUGGGAGCCAAAUCAAGAAAGUGAUGUGGACUAGGGAAUGAUGAAGCCAGGUUUUCCGAGUCUCUUAGUCUCAGGUCUGCCAUUAAUUCUGACUCCAUUUGCCCAUCUCACAAAUGGCUGGUAUGAAUGGCAAGAGCCCCCUGCCUGCCUCUUGCAGUGGGAUACCAGUAUCUCCACUUGGAAUGGGAGUGGCUAGUAUAAGGUGAAUGGAAUGCCAGAGGCCAGGGAUGGAGUGAUGUUAAAGUCUUGGUUGAUGCAAUGUAGAAAGUGGCCGAGUGUGGCCCAGAUUUUAGACCUCUAUUUACUGCUCUUGUUUUGCUUCCAUCUAGACAGGGGCGGAGUCCGUUGGUCUACGUCAGAACGCAGCUUGUUCCCCUGCCACACCUCGUGCAUCCCUCAGCUUCUCCAGCGCCACCCAGAAGUUUGCAAAAUGGUUGGAUUCAAGCCCACCGAUGUGCCCCCGACAGCCACAGUGAAGUUCCUAGGGGCUGGGACGGCUGCGUGCAUCGCGGAUCUGAUCACCUUCCCCCUGGACACGGCAAAAGUUAGACUGCAGAUCCAAGGAGAGACCAGGUCAGCAGGUAGCACACAUGCUGUUCAGUACAAAGGUGUCUUUGGCACCAUUGCCACCAUGGUGAGGACGGAAGGUCCCAGGAGCCUGUACAACGGCCUGGUGGCUGGGCUCCAGCGUCAGAUGAGCUUUGCAUCAGUCCGUAUCGGGUUGUACGACUCGGUGAAGCAGUUCUACACUAAAGGGUCUGACAAUGCUGGCAUAGGUAGCCGACUCCUGGCUGGCUGCACCACAGGAGCAAUGGCGGUGGCUGUCGCCCAGCCAACAGAUGUGGUGAAAGUGAGGUUCCAGGCCCAGGCUCGAGUGGAGAGUGGCAGGCGAUACCACGGGACUUUGGAUGCCUAUAAGACCAUUGCCAAGGAGGAGGGAGUCAAGGGGCUGUGGAAAGGAACAUCCCCCAACAUAGCCCGUAAUGCGAUUGUGAAUUGCACUGAAUUGGUGACCUAUGACAUAAUAAAGGACACGCUGCUCAAAAACAACCUCAUGACAGAUAACCUCCCGUGUCACUUCACCUCUGCCUUCGGGGCCGGCUUCUGCACCACGCUCAUUGCUUCCCCCGUGGAUGUAGUGAAGACCAGAUACAUGAACUCUGUCCCUGGCCAGUAUGGCAGUGCCAUCAGCUGUGCCCUCACCAUGCUGAGGAAGGAGGGGCCCGUGGCUUUCUACAAAGGGUUCAUGCCCUCGUUCCUGCGGCUGGGAUCCUGGAACGUGGUGAUGUUUGUGACCUACGAACAGCUGAAACGUGCCAUGAUGGCUGCCCGCAGCUCCUGGGAGGCCCCUUCCUGAGCCUGCCGAUUGGUGCCAUUUACAUCCGCUGGCGCUGUCUGUCCUGGCGGCUCUCUCUCCAAGAUUGUCUCCGGACUCUUCUGAAAUGCCUUCGGGUCUCCAGCCUGUCAGCUUCCAGACUCUGAACACUUGAUUCCUGUUCACCUUGAACAAAGCUUGGCCUGGAAACCUCUUGUUAAUGAGGCAGGAGAGGAGACUUAGCUGUGGUCCACAGUGAGUGGAAGCAGGAGCCUCCUCCGCCCUAGUAGUGAAUGUGGUGAUGGUUUAAAAAUUCACAAAUCCCAAUUGAAUGGCAAGUUUUCUUUCUCCAAAUUAGAAGGACAAAUGUAACAUUUCCCAGUGCCAAGGGCUGACAGAGCUAGGAUGGCGUGACCUUCUGAGCCAUUAUGUGGGAGAGGUGCUAGAGUUAGCAGCUGGUAUGUAGCAGAGCCCCACAGCAACAGCCAGCCCUGUUACUGACAAAAUCCCUCAAUCCGGAAAAUGCUGGUCUAGAGCUUUGUGCAGCAGCUGUUCUGGGGAUAGUCAAGGACUAUGUAAGGAUUCCAGGGCAGUGAUGCUGGAAUAUUGGGGAGGAAGGUUGGUGGUUUUUUAAAGUCCUAGUAACUAUUUAUUUUUUAAAUUAAAGUGGAGAAAAUGUGGUUCUGCUCCUCACGCCUCAACUCUCCUGCUGUAACUUUGUUUUGGUAGGACAGCAAUUCUGUGGUGGAGCAAUGAACACACAUGUUUCAUGUCUUAAAAUAAAGCUGGAGUCCAACACUU